AGCACGUUCUUCACUGACGAGGAAAAGAAAGAUUUCAAAAUUGAGUCGAAGGAUAGAAACUCGCCGUCAGGCAUGGUGUGUGAGAAGGGGAUCCAGAUCCUUCUCACCACCGUGGGGGCAUUCGCUGCCUUCGGCCUGAUGACGGUGGCAAUAGGGACGGACUACUGGCUGUACUCCCGUGCCCUCAUCUGCAACAGCACAGCCAACGUUACCCAGGAUGACCCCCAUAACAAGGACAAGAAGGAUCCAGGGGCGCUCACCCACUCUGGACUGUGGAGGAUAUGCUGCCUGGAAGGAGUAAAGAGAGGAUCGUGUUCUCAGAUUAACCACUUCCCAGAAGAUGCAGACUUUGACCAUGAUGGGGCAGAGUAUGUCCUACGGGUAGUCAGGGCUUCCAACAUCUUCCCAAUCCUAAGUGCCAUCCUGCUUCUGAUGGGAGGGGUUUGCAUCGCUGCCAGUCGUUUCUAUAAGAGCAAAAGGAACAUCAUCCUGGGGGCGGGAAUUCUCUUUGUGGCUGCAGGUCUGAGUAACAUAAUUGGUGUGAUUGUGUACAUCUCGGCCGCACUGGGGGACAUCUCUCCUAAGAAGGACGAGGAUAAGAAGUGGCAGUACUCCUACGGUUGGUCCUUUUACUUCGGAGGUCUGUCCUUCAUCAUGGCCGAGAUGGUGGGGGUGCUGGCUGUCAACAUCUACAUUGAGAAGAACAAGGAGCUGCGCUGCCGCUCGCGCACCGACAUUUUCAAGAGCACCACGCACGCCAUGCUCCGCCUGCCCAGCUACCGCUUCCGCCGCCGCUCCCGCUCUUCGUCCCGAUCCACUGACCCCUCCCGCUCCCGAGACCCCUCACCUGUAGGGGGGGGUGGGGGCAAAAACUUUGGCCUGCCCCCCUCUGCACUGCUUUCCCAGGGUCCCAUCUCAGUAUCCACUUUACCAAACCCCCACUCUCGCUCCCACACGACCCUGGCUGGAGGCGACAUCUCUCUCUACACGUUGUCCCGUGACCCCAAACUGGGGGGUUUGCCGCCCAUGUAUGGAACGGUGGACAGGGCCACGCUCUACCAGCUCCACAACUGCUUCCCAAAGGAUGGAGGGGGAGGGGGGGUGAUGAUGAGUGGUACACUUCCCUCGCUUAAGUCCCACAACCCUUCCAAUUCUUCCAACUCCAACGCACCAAUGCCCAACUCGGUGGGCUCCGGCCCUCCACCCUUCAACUCGUCCACAGUAGACAGGGAGCGAGGGAUGGGGACUCUGGACAGGCUGAAGGGAGACAGGGAGAGCAACUCCAACACCCUCAAUAGGAAGACAACGCCUGUGUAGAGAGAAAGGGAUGUGAGAGGGGGAAGCGAGAAGGAAGGGAGAGAAGGAAGAUGGGUAGUAAUGAAAGAGGGAAGAUAGAGAGAAGCACUGUGUUUGUGUGGCUCAACAGGAAAUAGAUAGCAAGACAGGGGCAAUGCUAAAGCUCUCCCUCCAUGUUCACUGUUAUUUAGUCUGCUCAAUCUCACUGAGAACAAAAAGAAGAUUAGUAAUAACAGAGAGAUAAUAACAACAACAAUAAACUUUCACAAUAAAACUAUUUUGAUAUUUUAACGUGCUAGAAAUGAUUUAUUUUGUUAAUGAUCAAACGCAAUUAACCUUGGGCUAUUAUAAAAAGGUUUCACAUAUUUUUUGUGCAAUAUUACAGCUAAUUAAUCAGAUCAUCAUUAAUGUAAAAUUGUUGUUGU